UUGAAUUGGUACAAUGUAACAAAGCAAAAACGCCUUAUGACCCACAAUUUUGUAAUAAAAACAUCACCACGAAAAACUAAAAUUAUCCAGUCCACGUGCAAGCCGCGGCUUGCGCGGCUUGCACGUGCGUGCUGAGACCAACGGUUGUGUGCCCGUAGCCCUACCGCCCUACAUCCGGAAGCGACAACAAAAAAGGAUCGGCGCGCGGUUUCCACAACGGCUGCGUGGCUGCUUUGUGGUUCAAAGCGAAAGCAGGGAACUACGUUGCUACGUUGGUUGGACUUUCUCGGCGUUCCCGCAUCACCCUAUCUUUUCCAAGUUCGGCGACGGUUUCCUCAGCUGUGGAGACCUCAGUUAACGAGCGUGGCUGGCGUGGCUUAACGCGGAAGUGGUGCAAUGAGCGCGAUUGAGUGCUUGGUGUCGUACGGCGCACACAAGAUAGUUGUCGUUGUUGACGGAGAGCAUAAGCGCGCCGAUUUAAUUCGGACCCUUGCUGGCAAUGUGCUGUUCCAAGGAGUGGACCUGCAAACAAGCCACAUCCAGAAUCAUGGAUGUCGUCAUUCAAGAGGGCUCUGCACCAUCGAAAGCUCCGUCGAAAGCUCCAUCGGAAUACAGGUUUCCAAAAGUGCCAUUGGACAUCGCGCAGGCAUUACAAAAACACACGAGGGGGCAGUACCUGCCUUGCCGAUCGAGGAUCAUUCAGUGGCUCUUUUACGACCUGUGCCUCUACGACCUGUACCCGGAUAAGCUCUAUGCCGAGGCCGCAAGGUGCCUUGUGGAAAACUUCCCAACUCUGAAGGACACCACAGGAUCUGGUUUUGACUCCUGGCGCGUUGCCAUGCGAUAUAAAGCAAAACGUGAACGGUCAAAGCUGCGGAUGCAGGACAACACUGAAAAGCAGGCUUCACCGCGGAAUCAGCCGCGGGCAUCGAGGGACCCUAACCCAAAGCGGUUGACGAGGCCUGGGACGAACAUAGUGCUGCCAGCACAUGGAGAGGAUGCCGAAAGCCUGCAGGGCCAUAUCAUCAACAUGGAAAAAGAACUGCGAAAAGCAAAUCCAAAUGUCGCCUAUGUUUCCGACUCCAUGUCGAGGACACUUGCUACACGGCGGGCAUGGAUAACCACUGAUCACCCAAGUGUGGCAGCCAUUGUUGCAAAAUACCCUGCUUUUGAACAUAGCAGUUUUUUGCAGCAAGAGUUUACUGCUGUGACAAGCAAGUCAAUGGAGGUCAGCUUGGCGGCCUGCCUGUCCGAGAGCUGCCUGCGGAUCUUGGAUGCCGCUAGGAAGAAGCGACACCUGUGUAGCUUUUUCGAGGAUCUGGACCGACGGGUCGCACAAGGGGACAAAGGCCCGGAAGAUGAAGUUUUGACAACGGCUGCUCUUUAUGUAUUGCCGUCGUUGGUUAAGGAGAGAAGCUCUGCCUUUCUCUACCCACAUGACCCAGACGCACUUCAAGCGUACCCAGCAGUGAGCUAUGAGGAGAACAUCUAUGAGUCGUCAUCGUUCGUUGUGACCGUGGAUGGACUUCAUGUUAAGGAAGACUCGCUGCUGGCUGCAAUUACAACCAUGACUGCCAUGUAUUGGGUGUUCAAUAUGGAAUUUAGUCCAAGAGCCUCCAAGACAAUGCAGUUAAUGUCACAUGUGUUUGGGGUUAAUUCUGGCAUCCCAGCUAGCCCUUUGGUGCGGGUGGCCAUAGGUAUUCUUUGUGGCUAGGUUAUCCCACCGGCAGCUGUACACCUUGUAAAGGUUUCUUUUUUAUGAAUUUCAGGCCAAAUUUUAAUGAGAAAACUUUGCACCACAGAGCAAAGAGGUUGAUCUCAUUUUUCUAUCUAAAACAAUUAAGGUGGGAGGCUGGUCUUUAACUUUUCGUUUUUUAUUUUUCAUUUAUCGGGCUGAACUUUAGUAUACUUAUGUAUUUCUGAGUG